AUGUUCUCCCCGGACGUCGCAGUGCCUGCCAGCGUAGCUGCGCGCAACCCUCGAAGACGGCAGCGAACUGGCUCGGACGACUCAGUUGCCCUGCGACAAAAUCCGAAGAGGAUACGGCGAUCAGGCUUGACUUCUGAAACAUUUCAAUCUCCAAAUACCACAAAGGUUAACGGGUAUAUUGCUCAUGUCGCAGAGGAGGCUUUCACAAAUGGUCACGCGAAGGAACCUGCGAAUCUACGAUAUGCGAGUGUGGAUACUACGAGCUUGGCUAUUAGGCAUAGGGGAGUGAAGAAGGCGGAAAGAGAGAGACGGACGAGCAAGAACGACGGUAGCAUCGAAUUGGCAAGUUAUCACGCCAUGGAAGCCUUGCAAGACACUGACUCCAAAUGA